CGUUAAGCGCGGUUAAAGAGAAGUUGCUUAAUACUGAUACAAGACUGUAGUAGUAAGAGAAAGGUUUUCAUUCCGAGAUAGCUAGCACUUAGUGGCAAGGAUAUCAGAAUGGAUUUAGACUGUAUGAAGUAUGCAGAAUUACGGCGUCUGGCUAAAGAAGCUGGACUCAAGGCAAAUAUGAAGGCUGAUAAGCUGCGAGAAGCGCUCAAACGGCACUACCAAGAACAGCAACACCAGGUUGAACAAGAAACAGACUUGAAUGGAGGCUUGGCACCAAACGACGAUGACACAAACGACAACCAGGUUGAUCAGCAAGUUACCACAACUUCAUUAUUCGUUACCAAACGACGUGGUAAAGCAUUUAAGAGGAAGAACUCCGAGGAAGUCAAUAAAGAAAGCGAAGCACUUGAGACUGACGAGAAAGAUUCCCAUUCUGGAGCUCAGACUAUGAGUGCCAAGAAGAGGCGUGUGUUUUCCACUCAACAGCCUGACAUACAGCCGGAAAAAACAGCCACAAACACAGUGCCUGCGACAUGCGAUAAAGUUGGGGAGCCUAAAGUGACGAAAGCAGGAAAAAUUCCCCGCCAUGAGGCCCUGUUGAAGAGGACUAAGCCCAUGUUGAAGCCCACCACGCCGAACUUCAAAAAGCUCCACGAGGCACACUUUAACAAGAUGGAGUCUAUUGAUUUAUAUGUCCAGAGGAAGACCAAGCAGAUGGAUGUGUUCAGAAAUUCAGUAAAGGAAUUGAAGUUGCUCUCAGACAAGACUAUUUCAAAGCCGGCAGAGGGAAACCCUCAACGCAAGUCCAGCAGAGCCUCCCUGUUCAGUCCUGCAUCUGUGGAUAUGAAGCCCUCCUCAGGCAGACGCAGACACACCCAGCUCAACAAGCCUGCCCUGAAGGACAGCGUUCCAUUCAGACCAUCCGUCCUCUCCACUCGCAGGAUCAAUGUUCGGUUCUCUCAAGUUGUCGAGGAUAACGAGCAGAAGAGGGCCGUGGUGAAGACCCCAGCACGCUUGUCUCCCUGCGUGGACCUCAUCACUCCAGGACAGGACACUAAAGUGAAGGGGAAGCCUGAAAUCAAGAUGUCUGGUCUAUCUUCCACAAAGACUCCAGGAUCAACAUUUGUCUUUAACGGAAACACAAGUAUUUCAAACACCCCUGGGACCAACAAGAAAUCCACAUUUGAUUUGAAAGCUAGUCUCUCUCGUCCCCUGUCCUACAAGCCUCAUAAGGGAAAGUUGAGGCCGUUUGGACCAACCCAGGAGACCUCAGUGGAAAUCCCAUCUAAUCAGAAGAAUUACAAACAGCACAAGGUCCAUACAAGGGAAGAACGGAGAACGAAACAUAAGGAAGACAGGAAGCAGAAAAAAGAGAAUAUGCUAGGGGCCAGAAGAGGCCUCACCAUGUCUUAAAUGUGUUUUUGUUGCCUGUUGGGGUCAUUGUGCUGUAUUUUUUAGUGGCAUACAUUUUCUCUGUUCUAGUAUGCAGUUUUGUGUAAUGUGCUUGACUCCAAUGUCCAAACUCCAUAAGACAUUGGUAAUAUUUGUGUGUACUUGUAGAUCAUUUCUACUCACUGAUAUUUAGUAAAUGCUCUAUCCCUCUUUCGUUCUAACAACUUUGCUUUUACGUUUAGAGGAAGUACAUACAGACAGUUGUGGGGAAAAAGUUUAACUUCCUGUCUGAAUAUUUUAGUUGCCUUUUGUGUAUUUUAUAUCGAGUUAAACCUUUUAUGUAUUUGGAUAUUUGUGUAAUAAGUGAACACAUGCUUUGCUCCUAAGUCUGACAUUUGUU